AGCGCUGCGGCCAGAUAACGCUAAAAUUCUCAUCACACUGUCCGCCUUCGCCGCCAUGGGAGAAGCUACAAAGUACACUCUGCCGGAAACCGUCCGUUCGAUCGUGUUUAAGGAAUCCGAGAGCUUGGAUGGCGCGUACCCCAAAAUCGAGGGCUACGAUUUCAACAAGGGCGUCAAUUACGACGAGCUUUUCAAGUCCUUCGUUCGAACUGGAUUUCAGGCCUCCAACCUUGGCGAUGCGUUUCAGAUAGUUAAUGAAAUGCUAGAUUGGAGGCUCUCGGAUGAGACUCCCGCAGAAGAUUGCGGUGAAGAGGAGAGGGAUGCGGCUUAUCGAAAGUCUGUGAGGUGUAAAGUGUUUCUUGGCUUUACUUCUAAUCUCAUCUCCUCUGGUGUUCGUGAGCAUAUCUGUUAUCUUGUUGAGCAUCGCAUGGUUGAUGUAGUGGUAACAACUGCUGGUGGUGUAGAGGAGGACCUUGUGAAGUGUCUUGCACCUACCUACAGAGGUGAUUUUUCUCUGCCUGGUGGUGUUCUUAGGUCGAAAGGUCUGAACCGCAUUGGUAACUUGUUGGUUCCUAAUGACAACUACUGUAAGUUUGAGGAUUGGAUCAUCCCAAUUUUUGAUCAGAUGUUAGAGGAGCAAAAGACACAGAAUGUACUAUGGACACCAUCUAAAGUAAUUGCUCUUCUGGGGAAAGAAAUAAAUAAUAAGAGUUCAUACCUGUACUGGGCAUUCAAGAACAAUAUCCCGGUUUUCUGCCCGGGCUUAACAGAUGGUUCCCUUGGAGACAUGUUGUACUUCCACUCAUACAAGAACCCUGGUUUGGUGAUCGAUAUCGUGCAAGAUAUUAGAGCAAUGAACGGUGAGGCUGUCCACGCGGGCCCAAGAAAGACUGGGAUGAUAAUACUCGGAGGCGGGCUGCCCAAACAUCAUAUUUGCAAUGCGAAUAUGAUGCGAAAUGGAGCCGAUUUUGCGGUUUUUAUUAACACUGCACAAGAAUUCGACGGAAGUGACUCGGGGGCCCGCCCAGAUGAAGCUGUGUCGUGGGGAAAAAUUCGAGGUUCUGCUAAGACUGUCAAGGUGCAUUGUGAUGCAAGCAUUGCAUUCCCUAUGCUGGUUGCGCAAACAUUUGCUUUGAAGAUAGAGAAAUAUACUUCAACGAGUUCUUGAUUGAAAUAUUGAGGGAUUAUUCGGCCUAUGAAAGCUUGGACUGGUUUAGGAUUUACUGGAAUAGUGUUAUUGGCUUGUGUACUCAAAAUAUUUUGAGUUAUUGUAACGUGUUGGAUUUAUAAACAAUGUACUGUUGAAAAAGAUUAUUAUUUAAUGUUGUUUUUUGGUUGCUAAUAAACUACUUAACCCUACUUAUGGAGGGUGACGAUGACACAAACGCUUACUCUAUUAUAAUUUUUUUU